UUCGUUUUUCAACGAUUAAUCGUGGAUUCAAAAAAAAAUCGUCGUCGAUAAAACUCAUUCUAUAAAACCAUGAAACCUAAGGAAAAUUUAGGUCAAUCUUCGUCGAAUCAAGCUCCUCCUGAAGCAGAGAAACCAACUUCAUCAAAUGAAGAUGAAACUGAAGAUCAAGAAGAAGUGAAUGAAGGAGAUGCACCAGCCGCCGAGACUCCUGAUAUGACAACAAUAAGAUGUGGUAGCUUUGGUAAAAGCUUCGGGGUUAUGGUCUGGAAUCGAGGCUUUGCAGAAGACAUAUGAUGUUGUGACAGUUUGUGGUUUUCGAGAAAGAUUCUGGACCGAAACUACGACUUUUCACCUCCCGUUCGGCGAGAUGACUAUCAGUCCGGAUGAUGCAAAGCAAAUCACUGGUCUUGCUUUGGAAGGGAAGGCUGUGUUUUAGGGUUUCAACAACUCUAUGCCUUUUGAUCAGCUUUGUGUCUUGGUGAAGGAAUGUUUUGGGUGGGGCAAAGAUGAAGCGGAAGAAGAGUUUGAGAUAGGGUAUGGAUCCCAACCUAGAGCUAAAAGGCAAUUUAGCGCACCGGGUGAACUUAGUGAAACAAUUAAUAUGGCAAGGAAGAUUAAUUUGGUUCUUCUGAAGGAUAAAUUUGGGGAUUCUAACCGCAAGACUGCUAGUGGAGAGUUGGUGAUGGACGCAGAAAGAGCUACACAUACGGCUAUAGCUUACUUGUUGCACGCUCUUGGGACCGUCUUUUUCCCCGAUUUCUCAGGAAAUAAGGUAAAUGCUUGUUAUUUGCAGUGGUUGAAGACUCUCAGUUUCGAUCCAGAAACAAACGAGGUACUUAGGUACUCGUGGGGCACCGCCUCCUUGCUAGUGUGAUGAACAGUCUUCGCAAAGCUUCUAGGUGGAACGAAACACAAAUUACGGGAUGUGUUGCUCUUAUCCGGUCAUGGGCUUACGACCAUUUUAAAUGAUUGAGGCCUUCCCAGGAUACAACAUGGCCUCUAGAGAAACCUACAGGAGGAAGAUACCCCUUUGGAGGGACCCAACACAAGGCUAAAGAGACGGAAAUGGUCGAAAUGAGGAAAAAGUUGGAUGCUUUGACAAUCGAUGAUGUGGUUUUUGACCCAUAUUUGAAAUUUGAUGAGGAUGGAGAUGAUGAAGUUGAUGAUAGAGUAUUUUCUAAUGUGGCGACCUAUACGGGACCUUUGUUUCAUACAACCGGAUUCGUCAUUUUAGAUCCUCGUAGAACGCUCCGCCAAAUUGGUAUUGUCCAAAAAAUUCUACCUGAAGAUUCUCGUUUUAAACUGAGCGUAGCCAACUCCCAAUUUAAGGACAAAGAUGUCAGAUUGACCUAUGAAGAAGCAUCGUUGAUCGAGCAUUGGAAUGCUCGUUCCCAAGAAGUAAACCAAAUGAGUAGAAGAGCGCUUGAAGCUUCUCAUGGGACUUCCGAAGCGGGUGCGAAUUACAUGGAAUGGUAUCAAGAAUGGGCCCAUCCUUAUGUGGAAAAUUUGGAUCCGGAGGCGCUGAGACAUUUCAAGAAUGCAGAGAAAGAGAGUACAAAAUCAAAGGCAUCAAUGAAUGAAGAAGAUGAUUGGGAGAAGAUGGUGGUCGAACGAGUUAAUUGGGUGGUCAAGGACAUCACCCGUAUGAUUAAUUCUGGUGAGGACUUAAUGGUACAUGAACAAAGAUUACUCCGCAAUCGAUUUAAAGGCAUAACAAUCCCUGAGAAAGGAGUUUUAUAUGCUUAUGAAGAGGACCGACCACGGAGAGCUAAAAGGUCUAGGUCUCCUUCUUCUAGCGACGACUCGGACACUCCCUCCCAUCCCCCACCCCCCGCGAGCAAGUUCAAUCUAAGCAAGGAAAAUCGAGGUGGUAGAGGUGAAAAAGGUGGUCGUGGUCGAGGUGCAAAAGGUGGUUGUGCUGGAACAAGUGCAAAAAGUGGUCGUGCUGGAACAAGUGCUUGAGGUAGACGUGGUGGAGGUAAAAAGACUCCAAUUCAAGGUGGCAGCGGUCGAGGUAAAAAAUCUAUUGUAGAACAACUUGUGGAACAUGAGAAAGAGGACGAUUUGGAUGCAUUUAUGCGCUCGUCUUCGGAGGAGGCAUCAAGUGAAAGUGAAUGGCUAUUUACUCGCUUUUUAUUAUUUUACUUCAUGGAUCUUUUAUUAUCUAAGACUUUGUCUAUUUACUACUUUUGUUGUUUGGUGAUUUUAUA